UCGGCAGUUUAAGUGACCCUAUGCACAUGUGAGAAUGCAGUGACUGGGGAACUGUGUUGAUUGAAAUUUUUUUUAAAAAAUCAUGAAAUAUCACAAAAAAACGAGUCAAACGAGCAGAUCAACUAUGAAAAGGGAAACGCCGCAUGCAGAGGACACAGAGGAGAUGAUUCCGUCAGAGCCAUCUCACGACGAGGAGGAAAAUGUGGCUCCUGUCAAAGCCAAGAGGAGCAAGCCCGAGGAGACUGAAGGGGAGGCUGAGGUCUUUCACCCGGUCAAGUUGUCCCGCAGUGAUCUGUACCGGCCCCCCACAGCAGAGGAGCUAAACCAGCUCAAAGAGGCAGAGAGCCUGUUUCACUGCAGCCUGCUCAAAAUGCAGAUGGAAGAGUUGCUGAGAGAGGUUGUGCUGAGUGAACGUAGGAAACAGCAAAUCGAUUGCUUCAUCCAGACAGUCACCAGCCUGCUGCAGACUGUGCCACGCUCGCCAGAAGUUGAGUUAGGUGACCUGUCUUGGCUCUCGGGUGCAGUCAAGGUUCCUUUCCUCCUGAUUCCCAAAGCAUCCAAGGGCAAAUUCCACAUGGCACCUCCUGCCUCUGUGAAUCUCAUCGGCAGCUACCCUCUGGGCACCUGCAUCAAACCGUCCAUCAUGGUGGACUUGGCUGUCACAAUCCCUGCUGAUGUCCUGCACCCUAAGGAUGUGCUGAAUCAGAGGUAUCCCAGGAAAAGGGCUCUCUACCUGGCCGGCCUGGCUCAGCAUCUCACUUCCUCCUCUGAAAUAGGAACCAUGCGUUAUUCUUGUCUCCAUGGUAACCGACUCCGGCCCCUUCUGCUGCUGACUCCUCCGGGUAAAGACUCCUCCAGCUUUACUGUGCGUGUUCAUGCCUGUCCCCCUCCUGGCUUCUUCAAGCCCAGCCGCUUCCACCCCCAGAGGAAUAGCAUCCGGACAGAGUGGUACACUGGCUUGUCAAAAUCUCAGCCCGAGAGCAGUGAGCCUCCCACUCCUCAUUACAACAGCUCCAUCCUGGGCGAUCUGCUUCCCAGGGCUCACCUCCAGUUUCUUUCUGCUGUCAGCUCCCAGUGCUCAGCUUUUGCCGAUGGAGUGGCUUUACUCAAAGUCUGGCUCCGACAAAGAGAGCUGGACCAGGGCACCGGUUGUUUUAAUGGUUUCCUGGCUUCAAUGCUAUUGGCCUAUCUCCUGACCACUCACAGAGUCAGUAACAGCAUGACAGCCUAUCAGUUGCUUCGAAACAGCCUGAACUUCCUUGCCUCAACGGACCUGACGGUGAACGGCAUUAGCCUGGCCAAAGAUCCUGACUCCACAGCUCCAGCUCUUGCUGAUAUGCAUAGCGCUUUCCAGGUUGUGUUUGUUGACCCUUCUGGACACCUCAACAUGUGUGCUGAUAUGACAGCUUGCACCUACAAACAGGUGCAGCAUGAAGCGUCUCUGUCGAUGCAGUUCUGGGACGACCCUACUGUGGAUGGGUUCCACGCUCUCCUCAUGACCCCCAAACCCAUGAUAAGGACCAGUGACCACGUCUUCCAGUUGUGUGAGCUGGUCAAGCUUCAGUCCAGCUGUAAGAAACUCAACCUUCUCAGUGAGCUGAUGGACCACAGUGGGAACUACAUAGACGCUGCGCUUCCUUUUAUUCUGUCACUUCUUCAGCGUGGGCUGGACCAAAGGAUCCACCUGCUCACCCACUCCCUCUCUCCUGACCCUGAGUGGUCAGUGGAGAGUGAAGCCCCAAAACACAAAGCUCAGCCUCCUCUCUCCUUCGGUCUGAUCUUAAGGCCAGAGCUGGCAGCCUCUGUCCUGGAGAGGGGUCCACCUGCGGACAGCCCCAAGGCAGCAGAGUUUCGCCAGCUGUGGGGCUCUCACUCUGAGCUGCGUCGCUUUCAGGACGGUGCGAUCACCGAGGCCGUGCUGUGGAACGGAGAGACCUCCUACGAGAAACGACUGGUCCCCAGACAGAUCAUCGCCCACCUGCUGCAGCUGCAUGCAGGCAUACCCGAAUCAUCCCUGCGAUACGUCGGGGCGAUGGUGGAUGACGUUAUCAAAAUGGGACAUGAGGUGCCCAGCACCGGGGAGGAGCAGAGUCUGAAGGUGGUUCAGUCUUAUGAUGACCUGAGCAGGAAGCUGUGGAGGCUGGAGGGUCUGCCUCUGUCCAUCACCUCAGUGCAGGGAGCCCACCCUGCACUCAGAUACACACAGGUCUUUCCUCCUGUGCCGCUGAAGCUGGACUACUCAUUCUUCGACAGAGAAAAGAUUUCUCGAUCACUGGUGCCAAAGGAGGGCAAACCCUGCCCUGCCUACAUCACCCCAGUCACAGUGAUCUGUCACAUGGAGGGCAGCGGGAAGUGGCCUCACGACCACCUCGCCAUCCGCCACAUCAGAGCUGCCUUCCACAUCAGCCUGGGAGAACUUCUCAGCAAGCAGCACCGCUACGCCUGCAAGCCCUGCCCCUCACACCUGGACGUCUGGAAGGAUGGGUUGGCAUUCCGCAUCCAGGUAGCAUACCACCGUGAGCCCCAGGUGCUGAGGGAGAGUGUGAAUGCUGAGGGGCUGCUGGUUGUCAGGGACAACGAGGACGCUCAGGCUCUAGAGAUGGCCACCGUACACAGACCUCUACUGACCAGCACACUGCACGGGCUCCAGCAGCAGCACCCAUGUUUCGGGGCAGUGUGUCGCCUAGCCAAACGUUGGCUGGGGGCCCAGCUCUUUAGCGAAGACAUCACAGAGGACACAGCAGACCUGCUGGUGGCGUCGCUCUUCCUGCAGCCUGCACCCUUCAUUCCUCCCGGUUCUCCUCAGGUGGGCUUCCUGCGCUUCCUGCAUCUGCUCUCUUCCUUUGACUGGAGGAACAACCCCCUGGUAGUCAACCUCAACAACCAGCUCACAGCCGCCGACUACACAGAGAUCAAGAACGACUUCAUGGCCAGCAGGGAGUCCCUGCCUGUCAUGUUUAUCGCCACGCCCAAAGACAAGAAGCUCUCUCUGUGGACCAAGCAAGCACCUAGUGUACAGAUGCUGCAGCGUGUGGUGAUGGUGGCUGCAGAGAGUCUAAAAGUUUUGGAAUCUCAGUUGAUGGAUGGCAACCAAACUCAGGAUGUCAGGGUGGCCCUGCGUCCUCCGCUGGAUCCCUACGAUGUGCUGAUUCACCUGAACCCCAAGCAGGUUCCCCUGCUCAGCCAGGCGGUAGAUCCUCCCGCUGUCAAAAUCAGCAGGGGGGUCAUGUCUGGAAACGUGGCCCAGUCUGGAGGGGCACUGCCCGUCAUCGACUACAACCCUGUGUCCCACUACCUGGCAGAGCUCAGGGAGGCCUUUGGAGACCUGGCCCUCUUCUUCUGUGAUCCCUACGGUGGCACAGUGAUCACAGUUUUGUGGAAACCUAAGGCCUUCAAUCCAGUGCCAUUCAAGACGUCGCAGAUGUUUGCCCGGCAGGUGGAAGUGACUGGGGAAGAAGUUCACACCGUUCCCAACAUAGAGGCGAUACUGGAGGACUUCCGGGUCAUGGGAAAGGGCCUGGUCAAAUCAGUGGAGCCCAGGACAGAGCGAUGGGCAUUUUAGAUGACAAACACACUAUUCGCUAUAAAUGUGUUAUUGUAGUGUGUGUUUUGGCAUUUCAGAAACAGUGGACCUACUGUUUUUCUCUGAUCAAUCAUAACAAAUAGUACAAUGGAAACAAUUUUGUAUGUCUUGUUAACAAUAUUAUUAAAUGCUCAUUUGUAGGAGACUAAAUGUGUGCUUUUGGAGGAGCUGUACUAUGUCUAAUAAAGCCAUAUCUGCUCUUUGU